AUGCUAUGAGCUCAUACAUUAUAUAAGUUUUUGCUGAGCAUUAAUUUUUUACUGCUUAAUUGCAUUGACUUCCUACCUGUGCAAGAUCACCAUUGCUUAACCUUUGGCAGUGUAUUGAAACUUGAAUUGUAACAUCUGCAACUAAUAAAUUAUUUUCUAUCUCUUGAUGUUUGUUGAUGGUCAGUUCAAGAGGAAACCAAAGCAAAACUUUAUUGUUGCAAGGCAACCAAAAAAAAAAAAAAAUGUCAACGCAGGCAACUUCGUGACCGAAGAACCUGGGCAACACUACUGGGACUACAAAAUGGAGAGGAUGGAUCAACCAUGGGAUAAAAGGUCCAGAAUCAAUUACUGAUCAUAUCUAUCGCAUGGCUUUGGUGUUUCUCGUUGCUGAUGAUCUUACUGGUGUGAACCGAGAAAGGUGUAUAAAGAUUGCGGUUGUGCAUGAUAUUGCAGAAGCUAUUAUUUUGAUUUUUCUUGUAGUUUCCCAAUAUGGUUGAUGUGAUAUUUUCAGUAACUUAAUGAAAGGAAAUGUAUACAGAUUUCAAAAUGUAUGGGGGUAAGGGUGGGGGAGGGGGGAUUAUAUAAUUGUAACCAUGUAGCGAAAUUUUGUUUUAAGUCCACAUUAACCUGAUAAAAUUGGCUCUUUGUAGCAUGCUGCUCAAAUUCUACUUGAACCACUUCAACUGUGGGGCCAAGAAUACACCUUUUACAAAAGUUUUAAAGAACAUGUCUAAAAUUUAGGAGGCUUAGCAACAGUUAUGAAUCUUUAGGUUUCAUGAGCAAGUUAUGAUGGUUCUUUUGCUUCUUGUUUUAUGCCAAUCAAGCCUAGAAAAGUACCAAUUAGAGAGAAACAUACAAGCAAAUGCACCAAGCACCAUGCAUCAUAACCAUUGUGGAUCGGUUAUUCUAUGUUAACUCUCUCUUCUUCUUCUUCUUCUUCUUCUUUGUGCAUAUCAAUUUUAUUUUUUUUAUCCCACAAUGAAUGCACGUACAUUUUGUUGUGGUUUUGAAAAUUGAGUUGGGACGUGAAAUUUAAUAGCUAUUGUUGGAGAUAUAACACCAUCUGAUGGUGUGCCUAAAAAAAAAAAGAGCGGACGGGAGCAAGCAGCUUUAAAUGAAAUGUGUGAAGUUCUUGGUGGAGGAAUGAGGGCUGAGGAGAUCAAAGAAUUAUGGGCAGAGUAUGAAAACAAUACUUCCUUGGAGGCCAACCUUGUGAAAGAUUUUGACAAAGUUGUGAUGAUUUUGCAAGCUUUGGAAUAUGAAAUGGGCAAGUUUUCAGAACAUGGGAAGGUGUUAGAUGAGUUUUUCCUUUCAACAGCAGAUCAUUUCUUCUGUAGGAAAAUUUCAAACUGAAAUAGGCAAGAGCUGGGCAGCUGAGAUUAUUUCAAGAAGAAACUCUAGGUUGGCCAGUAAGCUACACUGAUCUUCUUGUUCGCCAACGAUUUUCAUCUUUUUGUGCAGUUAAGUUGCUAUGCUACUUGAAGACUUUCUCUUCUGCAUAAGCCCUCCACAUUCAUAUGCCUCCUAACGUUGGUCCUUGAUUGUAAGGAUAACCAAUUAGAUUAUAUGUGGAAGCAUCAAGAGUUGGCAAUUUAACAGCCAAAGGUGCAAAUUCUGGAUAUACACUGUAACCGCUAACCAGUACUCCAUUCAGGAAGAGGGAAGAACAGAGAAGAGAGAACAAGAAAAUAAGAGAAAAGGAAGAAAAAGUUGAGCAAUCCCUAGGAUUGUAAAUACUUCGAUAUUUAUCGUUAAGACAAAAAAUAAAGGGUUAAAGAUUUAUAUUCUAACAUCUCCCUCAUACUGUAUAAGGCUUUGAAAAAAAAGAAAAAUUUCUUA